UUCUUAAGCACGAUCAUCUCGAGGGAGAGGAAACCCAGGAAGAGCAGCAGCAGCAACAGGACUACGGCAAGGAAGGGGAGGAAAGUGGAACCGAGAGCUCCACCAGUCGUUAGAGGGAUUGAGAAGGAGAAAAAAAAGUGAGAGAUUGAGAGAGCGCGCAGCACUUUUCCGUUAGUUCUACACGUUCGAGCCACAAACCAGCACCAUGGCAUCAUCGACCAGCGGCACCAAAAUCGACCUCGACCAGGUUGCGUACUUCCUGAUCACCGGCGCCUCUCGCGGCAUCGGCCAACGGAUGGCCAUCGAAACGGCGCGUCGCUUCCGGGCUGGGUCCAUCGUGGUUCUGCUUGCGCGGUCCGCUUCCGGGCUGGAGUCUACGCGGGCGGAGAUUGAGGUGAACCCGCACAUAACUGUGGUUACGAGUUCGGUGGAUUUGAGUAACGCCUCGCGGGAGCUGCUGGAGGACAUUAUCGGGAAGUCGCUCGGGAAGAAGCCGGUGGAGAGUUUUGGGCUGGCGGCGAUCGUUCACAACGUGGGCACGAUCGGGAACGUGGAACGCAAGGCGAUCGAUAUGGCGGAUCGGCAAGAGUGGGAGGAGUACUUUGCGACGAAUGUCAUCACGGUGGGAGUUUUGAACAGCUGCUUUCUGCGCCGGUUUGGCGAGUGUCCGCGGAAGUUGGUCGUGAAUAUUACCUCGAAGGCGUGCCUGGUUCCGUUCAAAAGCAUGGGAUUCUACUGCUCGGGGAAGGCCGCCCGUGAAAUGUACUUCAAGGUGCUGGCCGACGAAGAGCCGGACUUGGUGGUGCUGAACUACUCGCCAGGGCCGGUCGAUACCGACAUGACGGUGGACAUUCAGGGUCGCUCGAACGCCGAGGAGAUCCGCGCGUACUUCAAAGGGCUGCGCGAUUCCACGACCAUGCUCACGACGCACCAAACGACGGCCAAGUUCCUGAGCGUGCUCGAGGCGGGCCAGUUCAAAUCUGGCGAUCACGUUGAUUAUUACGAUUAAACACACACAUUCCACUUAUUCAUCUUAUUUGUUACUUGCUUAUUAUAUGCUACCAAUAAAUGUGCAAAUAUUACUCAGCAAACAAGUAA